ACGACCUACGUGGAAAACUUUGUCAGAGAUUAAAAAAAAAUGUAAAAAGAAAGAAAGCGCAGAGAAUGCAAAGAACGGAGAGAAAAAAGGCAGCCCGCAUUCAAAUUCCCAAAUCUCUUGAUCCCAACGCAUUAUCUCCCCCAAAUUUCUUCCUCAAUGCAUCUUCCCCAAAUCUCCUCUGUGCGCGACGAUGACGCGACGGCGAGGGUCUCCUCUGCGCGCGAUGGAGACGGUCUCCUUUGUGCGCGACAGCAACGGGAUGGCGAGGGUCUCCUCUACGCGCGAUGGCGAUGGUCUCCUCUGCGCUCAACGACGACGGGAUGGCGAGGGUCUCCUCUGCGCGCGACGGCAACGGUCUCCUUUGUGUCGACGGUCACAGCUGCCCCAAAAUACUACCAAAGUGUUGGACUUUAGUGGAAUCUAGAUUGGCAAGGCAGAGAUCGAGACACAAGAAAGUAUGCAACUUGGGGUGGUGGAUGGAACCCAGCCGGAUAGCUUGUCUGGGACACAACUGUGGCUAUAAGUCAAUGUGCUUGGAGAAGUUGGUUGGAUGGAUGUUUUAUUUUAGGAUCGAUGGGAAGUUGUUAAAAACAUGUUGAUAUAUUGUGAGAUGUAAAUAUAUUCUUUUUGGGACUAUUGAUGUUAAAUACUUCUUUUUGCAUGGAUGGGAAGUUGUUAAAAACAUGUUGACAUUUUUAGGUCUUUUUUAUAUUCUUUUACUUGGAAGAUGUUGCAAGGGAAGUUUGUGAAAACAGGAACUUGAAUGAAGUUUAGAGUUUAUGCUACUGAAUGUAGGAAUUUUAAAAACAUUUGAGGAUGGUCUCUUUUUGCCAUGCAA